CGGCUCUAAGAUAAGAAAAUAAAUACCAUAAAAUCAGUACAGUGAACAUCAGUCCACCGGCUAUAUUUGCCAAACAUAAUCGUACCUACAUCAGUGACCUGGCUACAGUUCUAAGGAAAACCUGUGUUUGGCAUUGUUUAUAAUUCUACAUAUACAUCAAGAUGACCAUUCGUUGGGGAAUUGUCUGUGCUGGGAAGAUCUGCCAAGAUUUUGUGAAUGCUGUGAAUAGUUACCCCGACAAGGGAGAUCAGGUGAUAGCUGCCGUCGCGGCCAGAAACAAGGAGCGAGCCACGGAAUUCGCUAAACAACUCAACAUUCCCAAAGUAUUUGACUCUUAUGAAGCAAUGGCAGCCAGCAAAGAAAUCGAUGUUGCGUACAUCGGAGCCCUAAACCCAGACCAUUACGCGCUGAGCAAACUGUUUCUUGAGAAUGGCAAACAUGUUCUAUGUGAGAAGCCGUUGUGUUUAAAUUUUAAACAAACUGAAAGCCUUUUAAAGCUUGCCCAAAAGAAGAAGUUAUUCUUGAUGGAAGCCGUCUGGUCCCGGUUCGCGCCUGCGUAUGUUGCAUUGGAGAAAGACAUCAAGGAUGGAAAAUUGGGAGACGUCAAGUAUUUGGAAGUUAACUUUGGUGUUCCCAUUAAAUACGUAGAAAGAGUGACUAAGAAAGAGUUUGGUGGCAGUGCCGUACUAGAUAUUGGGGUAUACACAUUACAACUAGCCCAGUACGUGUUUAAAGAUGAGCCAAUAAGAAUAUCAGUGGUCGCAGAACCCCUCAACGAGUCAGGGGUAGAUCUAAUGGAAACAAUAGUUCUAGACUAUGAAGGCGGCAGGCGUGCUGUGUUGAAUAUCAGUGCCCAUAUGAGAUUGUGGAACAGAGCUAAUAUUUACGGUACCAAAGGAAGAAUUACGCUAGAAGAUCCGUUCCAUUUCCCUACCGAGCUGAUCAGGGAAGGAGGAAAAACCGAACGAUUCCCACUGCACGACACGAGAAAAUUCAAUUUCGAAAACAGCGCUGGAUUAGUUUACGAGGCAAUUGAAACUGUCAGAUGUAUUAAGAAUGGUCUCCUAGAGUCGCCCCGUAUGAGCCAUAAAGAAAGUCUAGUCCUGGCCAAGCUCGAAGAUGCAGUUAGGAAGCAAAUUGGAGUCCACUUUGAUGUUGAUGACCAAGAGUUUCCAUGAAAAUUUUUUUUACUCAACGGUUAUCAUUGAUUUUAAAUAGAUAUAAAAAGCAUUAAUUACAAGCAA